AUGCUAUCUGAGGAAGAUAUUGAUAUAUUCUUGGACAAUGAAGUUAUUACAGAAGCAGUUACUAGCAGCCAAGAAGUAAGGGACAGUCUUGUGCCUCGGAUGGGAAUGCUAUUUGACAGUGAUAAAGAAGCUUAUGAGUUUUACAACACAUAUGCUUCUGUGUCUGGAUCAUCUGCCAAAAAAGCUUCUUGUUAUCAUUCUAGGAAGAGGGACAUUGGCAAACCAACAAGGCAUACUUUCAAGUGCAACCGUUGUGGCAAAGUGUUGGAUAAAGAAAAGCAGGGAGAAAAGAGAAGAGAUGAACAAAUUAGAAGAGCAGAGAAGAAAGUUAUUCAGGGCUUGCAGCCACAAAAGAAGAGAAAGAGGAAUUUACUAGAGGUAACUGAUUGCAAAGCACAGAUGGUUAUAUCCCUAAGGUCGGGCAAGUGGGAGGUCAUAACCCUGGAGGUUGAGCACAACCAUGAACUCAGCCCUCCAGACGAAACAAGGUUUCUCAUAUCGCACAAACACAUGACAAAUGAAGAGAAACAACUGAUCCGUACAUUGAACGCUGUAAAGCUCCCCACUAGGAAGAUAAUGGGCAUCCUAGCUGUUUACAGAGGAGGGAUAAAAGCGGUGCCAUAUAACAAGAAAUACGUCAGUAACUACAUGACAGCAAUCAAGCAAGAAAGCAGGACUAAUGACAUGAUGCAGGUGUCCGAGUACUUUACAAAAAGAGAAUCGCUGGAUCCAUUGUUUUAUUUUGCAAUAAAAUUGGAUGUGAACAACACCGUAAAAAGCUUGUUCUGGGCUGACAGCAAUGCAAGGCGGCUCUAUGAAGCGUAUGGAGACUGCGUGAGCUUUGACACAACCUACGGAACAAACAGAUAUAAUUUGCCGUUUUCUCCGUUUGUAGGCAUAACAGGACAUGGCAGCAACUGCUUGUUUGGUUGUUCUAUACUAGAGAACGAGACGAUUGAAACCUUCAAAUGGCUUUUUGAGACUUUCCUUCACCGUAUGCAUGGGAAGCACCCAGUGUCUAUAAUCACUGACCAAGAUGUGGCCAUGAAACAAGCUAUACCUCUAGUGUUCAAGAAUGUAACUCACAGGAACUGUCUAUGGCACAUAAAGAAAAAAGCAGAGGAGAGGUGUGCGAAAGCCUUUGCAACGAAAAGAAAUCUGCAUGAAGAGUUUAAUGACAUCCUGAACAACACACUGACAAAAGAGGAGUUUGAGGAAUUGGGGCCACAGAUGAUUGUAAAAUAUGGAGUAGAGGACAUAAAAUACUUACAGGACAUGUGGUUGGACAGACGCAGGUUUGUUCCAGUGUACUACAAGAAUGUUUUUUUCCCAUUCAUAAACUCAACAACUAGAAGUGAGGGCACUAAUGCAAUAUUCAAAGAUAAUGUUUGCUCAACAUACACUGUGAUAAGUCUUUUGGGUGAAUAUCAGACUAUAGCGGAAAAUAUAGAAGAGAAAGAGAAAGAACUUGACCUUGUCACAAGAACAACAAACCCUUCAUAUAUACACUGUUCAGAGAUGGAAAUAGUGACAGGCAAAGCAUACAACAGAGCAAUAUUCUACAAAUUCCAAAAACAGCUCAGAUUCACAUCAAACCUCCAUGUGGAUGAGGUCCAGCGCUUUGAAAAAUAUGAAGUCUACAAAUCAAAUUACUAUGCAGCAAUGGAAUUCAGGUCGAGGAGGUAUGUUGUGGCUGUGGACAUGAAGAAUAAAGAUUUUGCGUGCUUGUGCUGCAAAUUCCAGAAAGAUGGCAUAUUGUGUGCACAUAUCCUGAAAGUUCUCAUUCACCUUAACAUCCCACGGAUACCAGACAAAUACAUAAUUCAACGUUGGAGGCCAAGAGACAGGAAAGUAGAGAGGGACAAAAGAUACAAUAUCCCCCGAGAGUUGACAUGCGGAAACAGCCAGCUCAGAUACAACAUACUAUGUCGCUGGUACACAGAUAUAUCAUCUGAAGGCGCACAACACAAUGAGGACUACUUGAUGCUUGUUGAGGAAGCAAAAAGGCUGCAGGAGAAGUUGCAUGCAAAUGCUGCUGCGCGUGAAGGUAGAAAAGGCUCGAGUGAUGAAGGUAGUGGACAAGGUAAUCCAAAUGCAGCAGAACCUAGUGCUGUGCCUGUUCAACCAAAGCCGCACAUCCAAAUAAAUGAUCCAACGGUUGCUACUGCUAAGGGAUGUGCUCAAGGCACAAAAAAGCAAACUAGAAAAGUUCAGAAGAAAGGAGGUGGUGGCAAGCCUACCGGCAACAUCGAGACGAGUCGGAACGAAGGAUCAACAAGUGUCGUCACUGUUGAAGCGGCUGAGCACAUUCUUCGUAGGAUGGACCUGGAAGCAGCCAAAGUCGCAAGAGCAGGUUAA